GCCAAGCGGCGCGUGGGCGGGCGCCUCAUUCCACUACAAUUGCGGCCUCGCAGCCUAACCCGGGGCGCCAACGCUCAAUCCGGUUCUCGCGGGAAGAUACACGGUUUUUAAGCGAGAACUUCUAACCCCACUCCGCCUCCCAAGGGUCACGUGACGCGCCUGUGUCCUCGCCUCAAGGUUUUUUCUGGUCGCAUAUUGGCUGUUAACUCGGCUACGGGGUGUCGCGAGGUGCAUUCCGGAAGUAGGUCCUUUGACUUUUUCUUCUUCUACGGAAGCGAGUCACAACCCCGCGGUGGACGCUUAGCGGAAGUUCGUCAAGUCGCAGUUGCCACUGCACAGCGGAUGUGGGUCGCCUCUUAGGUGACGCUGGGAAGUGCCUGCAGCCUUCGCCGCUGCCUUCUGGUUGAAGCACUAUGGAGGGAGAGAGGAAGAACAACAACAAACGGUGGUAUUUCACUCGAGAGCAGCUGGAAAAUAGCCCAUCCCGUCGUUUUGGCGUGGACCCAGAUAAAGAACUUUCUUAUCGCCAGCAGGCGGCCAAUCUGCUCCAGGACAUGGGGCAGCGUCUUAACGUCUCACAAUUGACUAUCAACACUGCUAUAGUAUACAUGCAUCGAUUCUACAUGAUUCAGUCCUUCACACAGUUCCCUGGAAAUUCUGUGGCUCCAGCAGCCUUGUUUCUAGCGGCUAAAGUGGAGGAGCAGCCCAAAAAAUUGGAACAUGUCAUCAAGGUAGCACAUACUUGUCUCCAUCCUCAGGAAUCCCUUCCUGAUACUAGAAGUGAGGCUUAUUUGCAACAAGUUCAAGAUCUGGUCAUUUUAGAAAGCAUAAUUUUGCAGACUUUAGGCUUUGAACUAACAAUUGAUCACCCACAUACUCAUGUAGUAAAGUGCACUCAACUUGUUCGAGCAAGCAAGGACUUAGCACAGACUUCUUACUUCAUGGCAACCAACAGCCUGCAUUUGACCACAUUUAGCCUGCAGUACACACCUCCUGUGGUGGCCUGUGUCUGCAUUCAUCUGGCUUGCAAGUGGUCCAAUUGGGAGAUCCCAGUCUCAACUGACGGGAAGCACUGGUGGGAGUAUGUUGACGCCACUGUGACCUUGGAACUUUUAGAUGAACUGACACAUGAGUUUCUACAGAUUUUGGAGAAAACUCCCAACAGGCUCAAACGCAUUUGGAAUUGGAGGGCAUGCGAGGCUGCCAAGAAAACAAAAGCAGAUGACCGAGGAACAGAUGAAAAGACUUCAGAGCAGACAAUCCUCAAUAUGAUUUCCCAGAGCUCUUCAGACACAACCAUUGCAGGUUUAAUGAGCAUGUCAACUUCUACCACAAGUGCAGUGCCUUCCCUGCCAGUCUCCGAAGAGUCAUCCAGCAAGUUAACCAGUGUGGAGAUGUUGCCGGGCAAGCGUUGGCUGUCCUCCCAACCUUCUUUCAAACUAGAACCUACUCAGGGUCAUCGGACUAGUGAGAAUUUAGCACUUACAGGAGUUGAUCAUUCCUUACCACAGGAUGGUUCAAAUGCAUUUAUUUCCCAGAAGCAGAGUAGUAAGAGUGUGCCAUCAGCUAAAGUGUCACUGAAAGAAUACCGCGCGAAGCAUGCAGAAGAGUUGGCUGCCCAGAAGAGGCAACUGGAGAACAUGGAAGCAAAUGUGAAGUCACAGUAUGCAUAUGCUGCCCAGAAUCUCCUUUCUCAUCAUGAUAGCCAUUCUUCAGUCAUUCUAAAAAUGCCCAUAGAGGGUUCAGAAAACCCCGAGCGGCCUUUUCUGGAAAAGGCUGACAAAACAGCUCUCAAAAUGAGAAUCCCAGUGGCAGGUGGAGAUAAAGCUGCCUCUUCAAAACCAGAGGAGAUAAAAAUGCGCAUAAAAGUCCAUGCUGCAGCUGAUAAGCACAAUUCUGUAGAGGACAGUGUUACAAAGAGCCGAGAGCACAAAGAAAAGCACAAGACUCACCCAUCUAAUCAUCAUCAUCAUCAUAAUCACCACUCACACAAGCACUCUCAUUCCCAACUUCCUGUUGGUACUGGGAACAGACGUCCUGGUGAUCCAAAACAUAGUAGCCAGACAAGCAACUUAGCACAUAAAACCUAUAGCUUGUCUAGUUCUUUUUCCUCUUCCAGUUCUACUCGUAAAAGGGGACCCUCUGAAGAGACUGGAGGGGCCAUGUUUGAUCAUCCAGCCAAGAUUGCCAAGAGUACUAAAUCCUCUUCCCUAAAUUUCUCCUUCCCUUCACUUCCUACAAUGGCUCAGAUGCCUGGGCAUAGCUCAGACACAAGUGGCCUUUCCUUUUCACAGCCCAGCUGUAAAACUCGUGUCCCUCAUUCAAAACUGGAUAAAGGGCCCACUGGGGCCAAUGGUCACAACACGACCCAGACAAUAGACUAUCAAGACACUGUGAAUAUGCUUCACUCCCUGCUCAGUGCCCAGGGUGUUCAGCCCACUCAGCCCACUGCAUUUGAAUUUGUUCGUCCUUAUAGUGAAUAUCUGAAUCCUCGGGCUGGUGGAAUCUCCUCGAGAUCCGGCAAUACAGACAAACCCCGGCCACCACCUCUGCCAUCAGAACCUCCUCCACCACUUCCACCCCUUCCUAAGUAAAAAAAAAAGAAGAGGAGAAAAAAACUUCUCUAAAAAAACACAUACUUUUUCUUUUUUUUUUGGACUAAGAAAAUUACUUAUGAAAUAUGUCAUCCUUCUUGGACUAGGGAAUAAAUUGAUAUUGAGACAUAGUUAGGAGGGUGGUAGAAGGCCUUGGCUAUUAUAUCUGCUGUCUCAUGCAUUUAACUAUUUUCUUACAGUUUUUACUGGUAUUAGAGAGGUUUUGAAGCUGUGAAGGAUUAAGGACACAUUCUGAAUUCUUGGCCUCUCUACCAUCUAAUUAGGUUGAUUGGAGUUGGUAUCUUCCCUCUUCUUGCCAGAGCCGGAAAAUGGAGGGUUUGUUGUAUCAGACAAUUGUGGAUCCUUUUGGUGUUUAAUAUAUCAGAAGAGAGGAAGUAUUUAAACGUCAAAUCUUUUAAUAGACUUAAAUAAUUUAAAGAAAGUAAGUUAUCUGUUUAGUUUUUUUAUAUAAUUGGGAAGGGGAUAGGGAUUUUGCUGUGUGUAUGUGAUACAUAGCAGUGACUCCUGGUGGGUGGGAUUGGAGGGUGGGAAUGUGUGAGGGUGGGUGGGAGGCUAGGUUUUUGGCUAGGAGUUCUGGAAUAGGCUCAGGCCACUUUUUUCAGACUUUUAAGUGUGUAUGUAAGUGUGGGUAUGUGUGUUUUUAAGCGUGUAUGUUUAAAAAUCAUGUUUUAUCUUUCCCUCCCUGUUCCUUACCAUUUUCAUUUUCCAACAGUCUACUAGAGAAAAACAUGGUUGGCCUUGAGAACAUAAAGGAAGAGGCAUGUAUUUGACAUGGUAUUUUUCCCUUUCUUUAUGUUAUAAUUGAGUAGUAGCCCUCUAAUUUGUAGUUUGGGCAAGUACAGCCAACACCCUGACUCUUAACUUCAUUAUGAGAUCUUCCUUUUUACCCCUUUUUUUGUUUUUGUGCAAAACAGAGAUGGGGUUGAGGAAGCAGGGUUGGUGAGCAAGGCCAGCUUCUGCCCUACAGAAUUGGGUGUGUCUUUUUUUCAAGUGAGGCUUUGGGAAAGUGUUCAAAUGAGGGCCAGUCUUAAGGUCUCUAAGAGAUGGGGAAUGUGCUAUGUAUAUCCUGCCUGUGAAAGCCCAAACCAUAUGGGAGAAGCUAGAGGAUACUAAAAACAAUGAAAUUGUGAUUUGGAAGUUUUAGAACAUUGUUUUAAAAAUUACAUUAUAAAUGUAAGACAUGCUUUUUAUGUGUAUAUCCCAAGGGAAACAGCUACAUCCUUAAGUUUUUGCAGCCUAUAUGACUUAAGAUUGGAGCUUGUGAAUUUAACAGUACUGGUGCCAUGAGAAUGAGCAAAACCUAGCCAAUGGAUACUACUUUAUGUUUAGAUUGUUCAUCUUUGGUAGCUUUAGGUUCUUGAUCGAGGUUCUUAAGAUUUCCGAGUCCUUUAUAAAAAUAGGUCAAGAGUCCUGUUGUUAUGGAGGCUUGAUUAUCCCAGAUAUUAGGAGUGAACAUUUUUGAUAAAGAAAUCUUUCAGAAAAUCUUGGCUACAAAGAAUUCUAAGUUAGUUGUCUAACCACUGAAAACUACCUAGCCAGAGAUCAUUUAAUGGGAUAUUCUUUGAUCUUCAUUGCAUUUUUUUUGCUCUGGAAAAGAUGGUGCAAUUUGAAUUUGUUUUCGUGAUUUGAUUGUAGCUUACUUCAUGCCAAGUAUUUUUUAGGGAGAGGUUGAAUUAUUUUUCAUUUGGAAGUCAUAGGGAGACAGGAGUUGUACUUACGCUGCUACUUGCCAGGAACAGGUUGGGAAGAAAAUUGUGGCUGUUGGAAUUGAUGACGUACUGGCCUAAUAUAGAAAGGAAUUUGUAGGCAGGAGUAAACGUUAACUGACGGUGGGUUAGUGCCCUGCAUCUUGCAUAUUUGAACUGUCUAGAGUUCCUGCCAUUGCUGGGUAUAAAAUGAGGAGCUCUCUAUUGACCUGUAAAUCAUUAAUACUUCUUGACUUGGAGUGUCACUUCACUUUAUAGAUGACGUUUUCCUCUUUCCGCUUGAUAUUUUCUGUGUUGUGUUAGAUAAUUGGUAGAUAUAUAGUUGUGGCUUAGUACAUUUAGGGCUUCUAUUUAUUUAGAUUUUGUUUGGUGGAGUCUGUUUCCAAAAGGGAAUGUGCCAUUUAGUCUGCAUCUGUAUCUUUGUGGAAUUGAUGAUCACUGGUUUGAUUUUGAAAAAUGUCUUUUCCAGCUUUUAGUUACUCUCAUCAAAUGUCACAUAUUUUCUAAUCACAUGCACUCCUUUACCACAGAGGCACAUAAUCAUUUGGCCUCAUAGCAGUUAUCCAUGGCCAUGCUGUAGUAAAGUUCCUUAGAACUUUGUCAGGAGUGAACUAGAAAAAAGUGCUUACUAGGGCCUAAGAGUUGCUUUGUGCUGUGUAGUCUGGCCUUUGCACUAGUAGAUCAUUGCUGACAUAGGUCAGUUUAGAGACCUUUCUGUGUUAAUGUCUCCUGGUACUGUCUUAAGAUACAUACAGUGUCUGUUUUUAGAUCUAUGCAUAUGUCAUGAAGCUCUUUGUGGGCUCUGCAUGAAGCUGCUGCUUUGUUUUUGGGUUAACAGAUGUGCCUGUCAACUGGCAUGUGUAUUGUCCAACUUCCAUAAACUUAGGGUUUUUAAGGGCUGUGUGGUUUCUGAGCUCUAUGUGUCUUUCCUAUCCUUGCACCUUCAAAGGGUGAGAAAUGAGAUUUAUACAUCCAAAGUUAGUCUGGUAAACAUGGCUUUUUGUUUCUUCAUGUAACCUAGACUGUCAAAAAUAAGUGGUGAUGAUAAGUAGGCCUGGAGUCUCAGCUUCUGUAAAUCUCAUUCCUAAAAUUUUGCUAGACUCGUGUUGGCAAAAACAAAUACCUGUGGAUUGUCCUUAAGGCUUUUAAUCAGAUACUUGUGUUGCUGUUAGUUGAACUGUAGUGAAGCAUCGAUCCAAAUCGGUCUUUUGAAGUAUCAGUUAUGCUUUUGAGUUUAGAAAAUACUUAGGUGUUAGUCUAGUCUUCCCAUUCAUGAAUCAGUGUAUGUCCAUAUCAGAGAGCCUCAACUUCUUUUUUCUUCCUUUUUAAAAAUGAUUUUAGUGUUUUGAUUUAGUGUAUACUACACAGUUCAGUAUUAUUGGCUUUACCAGUGUUGACAGAAAAAUUUUAAAUCUCCAGUUGCAAACAGCAAUGGAUUAGGAUAUGGAAAUAAAAUCAUGGUGACAUCACUGCUGAGUUAUCUUAAACCUCUGCUCCCUAAUUCUCCAUAUUGAAAUGCAUACUCCUCCACAUACAUGGCUUCUAGGUAAAGGCAAUUGUAGAGGGGCCCUGUCUAUACCAGUAUGGUUGGAUUUUAAACAUAUCUGUGUUUCCGUUAUUUUGGGAACUGAUUAAUAUUUACAAUUUUUUUGUUUAUGAGUUAUUUUGAUACUAAUACUAAGAAAAGAGAGAAUCUUGAAGUUGAAAUACAAAUUUUAUUCAUUUGGUCUUGGGAGAAUUUAAGCAGUCUAUGCAACUCAUCAAAUGGUGAGAAAUAGCCCUCCGAGGUUCCAGUAAGCUUUCAGUGACAUUGAUACCUCCCCAAGUUUCUUGAGUUGCUGCUCGUUAACACCCAGCUUUUAACUGAGUGUUUGCUCUUGAUGGUUUAGGAGGUUUUCAUGUUGUAUCACACUGUCAAGUUUUAUUUUGUCUUUUUAUCCCUCCGUGGAUGUGAGUUUGAAACAAGCACGGUACAGUAAUCCUGCUUGAUAGAGUAGUCUGGAAUGAGAAUUACUUUUUGGGUGGGAGAGUUCUCCAUUUUAAUGUUUCUAAAGUUUUUCAUAUGAACUUGGCAUUGGAAAAGGGAGGUAAAGAAAAAGUGCGUUUACUAAAAGCAGUGUCUACUCUUCCCCUUUAUGAGUGUGUAUUCAUGGCUAAUGAAAAAGAAGGACUCUUGGGUUUUGUGUUGCCAUGUUAAGCAUGGAGACGGAUGCUUGACAGCAUGCUAAUUGAAGCCAGAGCAAGUAUGUCCUUCAUCAGGUAAUCAGGAACUCUUCAGUUGAGGCUGAGGAACUAACUGAUUAGUUGUGAUCAUAAUGUAAUUGGUUACAAAGUGGAAGUGCUGGCUGGCUUAAGUACCCAAAGAAAAGAAUGCAGCAGCCUAAUUUAGUGUUACCAUAUGUUACUGAAUUCGAAACUGACCUUUUUUCCCACCCUACUUCACAUACCUAAAACUGUUUUCUUGUCAGACCAAAGAGCAAAAAGAAAAAAAAAAGUAAAACACUUUACCAGUCUAUGUCACUCAGGUACAAUUUUGUGGUGAGAUUUUUGUCUGUUCUCUUUGUAUUGCUCUUAAGAGUCCUUUCUCAGCAUAUUAUUCUGCCAUUGCCUCUGUCUUCCUUGGGGCACCUCAGCUCUGGAUGCUACCCCUGGGAUAUCUACUGCUGUUAUGUGAAUGAUAGGAGGUAAGUGACCAUUAUAAUAAGGGCUCUUUGUAAAAAAAUACAAAAAAUUUAAAAAGGAUGUAUACAUUUUAUAGUCUGGCUAUCAGUUUGAUAUCUUGCUGUCAAGUAUGUUUCUCAAUCUGUAUUUAUCCAUCCCAUCAAUAAAUGUUAAUGGUAAAACACUCA